GGGAGCGGGCAGCCUGCAGAGCAGAGAAUGGGAGAAGCGCAGGGCUUGUGAGCAAAACAUCAGCCUCACUCCGCUCACCUUGCUCUCGCGGCUGCUGUGCUCCUGUUCACCGCCCAGCGCCUCCUGGUCCGACCGCUCCGGGUCACCCCCUCCGAAGCGCUCACCUGGAAAGCUUCAGUAUUUGGACCAGCGAGAACCCGAGAGCGAGAAGCACGAACACGACUCUAAAAAGAGGAGAGCUAGAGAGGGUAACCCUAACAAUACGGUUCACUCUCUGAACUCUCUGUGGCUGGGAACAUCUUCCACUAUGGCCACCUCAGCAAGUUCCCACUUGAACAAAGGCAUCAAGCAGGUGUACAUGUCCCUGCCUCAGGGCGACAAAGUCCAAGCCAUGUAUAUUUGGAUUGAUGGCACUGGAGAAGGGCUGCGCUGCAAGACCCGCACCCUGGACUGUGAGCCCAAGUGUGUAGAAGAGUUGCCUGAGUGGAAUUUUGAUGGGUCUAGUACUUUCCAGUCUGAAGGUUCCAACAGUGACAUGUACCUUAUCCCUGUUGCCAUGUUUCGGGACCCCUUCCGCAAAGACCCCAAUAAACUAGUGUUCUGUGAAGUUUUCAAGUAUAACCGGAAGCCUGCAGAGACAAAUUUAAGACACACCUGUAAACGGAUAAUGGACAUGGUGUGCAACCAGCAGCCCUGGUUCGGAAUGGAGCAGGAAUAUACUCUGAUGGGGACUGAUGGCCACCCGUUUGGUUGGCCUUCCAACGGCUUUCCUGGGCCCCAAGGUCCAUAUUACUGUGGUGUGGGAGCAGACAAAGCCUAUGGCAGAGAUAUUGUGGAGGCUCAUUAUCGGGCCUGCUUGUACGCAGGAGUCAAGAUUACGGGGACAAAUGCUGAAGUCAUGCCUGCCCAGUGGGAAUUCCAAGUAGGACCCUGUGAAGGAAUCUCCAUGGGAGACCAUCUGUGGGUGGCCCGUUUCAUCUUGCAUCGUGUGUGUGAAGACUUCGGAGUGAUAGCAACCUUUGAUCCUAAGCCCAUUCCAGGGAACUGGAAUGGUGCUGGCUGCCACACCAACUUCAGCACGAAAGCCAUGCGGGAAGAGAAUGGUCUGAAGUACAUUGAGGAGGCCAUCGAGAAACUAAGCAAGCGGCACCAGUACCACAUUCGUGCCUAUGAUCCCAAGGGGGGCCUGGACAAUGCCCGGCGCCUAACUGGAUUCCAUGAAACCUCCAACAUCAACGACUUUUCUGCUGGUGUAGCCAACCGUAGCGCCAGCAUCCGCAUUCCUCGGACUGUUGGCCAGGAGAAGAAGGGUUACUUUGAAGACCGUCGCCCUUCUGCCAAUUGUGACCCCUUUGCUGUGACAGGAGCCCUCCUCCGCACAUGUCUUCUCAGUGAGACUGGCGAUGAGCCCUUCCAGUACAAAAACUAAGUGGACUAGACUUGCAGCUCUCGAGCCCCUCCUAGUUCUUUGCCUUCCUCCAGCUCUUCCCCAUGUUUCAGUUGUCCUACUUCUCCCCUUUGUAACUCAAAGGUUGUAAUAUCAAGGUCUUUAUUCCUCAUGCUCAGUUAAUCUUGCUUUCUUUGGCCAGGAUAAGAGGGAUCAAGUUCUUAAUCUUUUCACACCCACCCACUCCCUCUGUCCCUAUCACAGAAACUUUAAUGCAUUAGUUGGGACACGGGUAAGGAAACUAACCACUUUCCCCCUCAAGUGUGCUUGUCCAGUAGAUGUAGCUAUCCAGACGGAGCAGAUGUGUGCGUGAAACAGCAGGGGAGGAGAUUUUUAUUCUUCAGGGUAGCUGAAAGCGGAAAGACCUGAUUUGGGUUAAGUGAGGAGAUCUCUCUUGAUGGGAAGCUCUAUUUUCAAAGAUAUAAGUAGAAAUUAGAGAAAGAAGAGCAGUUGGGGAUCAGGGAGGAAUGUCCUUCAUUGGUUUCUUGCUGCAAUGCUCCCCUAUUGGGGCUCCACACAGCACCCCCCCACCUCGUGAACACAAAGCUGAGUAAACUGAUGGAUAUCCCUACCUUCAAAGAAGAAAAGAUCCUUACCACUUGGUUCUCCAUUUAUAACACAUAGAGUAGUAUUUUUAUAUUUAAAUGUAAAAGCAAAAAAAGUAUAUAUGGGUAUGUGGGUAUGUGUGGGUUUUUUCUAAAAGGAGGAAAUCAUCCUGGUCGCUAGGUGCCAAAUUGGGUUUAGAAAGAAGGAUCUCCUUUUGGGUAGGAGUGGUUAAUGUGGCUCUUAGUCCUUCCUUAUCAAGUAAGGUUGUCCCCGCCCUGCCCACCUUCAGCAGAGGGAGGACACUGGACAGUUAGAGCCUUGUGGCUGGGUUUAAAGAUACACGCAUACCUGUCCACAACUGAAUUUAGAAGUGUGAGUUGGCUGGUGAACUUGAACAUGUCACUGACAGACGGGUACAGGAGUUCUAUUCAGGUGGGCUAGCAUGUCACUAAAACAGGCUUUUUGAUAUAUUAAAUUUUUUUAAAAGCAAAACAAGUUUAGAUUUUAAUCAAAUUUGUAGGGUUUUUAAGUGUAAUUUUACAGAAUUGCCUGUUUGCUUCUACUGUCUCCUUUCACUCUGCUCUUGGAGUUGGGGACAAGACUAGAGUUAAAACACUUGUAAUUUUGUAUCCUAAUGUCUUUCCUCCCACUGCAGAAUAUUCUCGUUUCUUAAGGAGUUGUUUCUUUUAAAAUAAACCCCACCUCCAUUCCUACAUUGUCUCUCCUGUUCUUUUGUUUUUGUGCUGGCUGCAGCAGGCCAGCUGUGGUUUUCUCUUGCCAUGACGACUUCUAAUUACCAUGUACAGUAUGUUCAGAGUUAGAUAACUCCUCAUUGUAAACAAAAUGUAAUUGCCCAGAUCAGUGCUCAUAAAUCAGCCUAACAUUUAUAAGA